AUGAUGCCACGACGAAAGCGCGAAGUUAGACACGAGUUAGACGUUAGACUUAAGUCGCGAGACGCGGGGAGAACAAUACGAACAGAAGAGACGAACGACGACGAUCGGGAGGAACGAGGGGGUUCGACACUGCGAGAAUCUCGUCACCUCGGUUCGUUCCGGCUCGCCCCACCCGAGCCGAGCCGAAUGCCGAGCGCGAGUAAGUACCCCCUUCCCCCACUCCUUCGCAUCGUGCCGAGCGCGACUGUGUAUCCCCCUUUACCUCUCCACCUGUCCCUCUCUAUCCCUCUCUCGCCCUCGCGCGCUUAUCCCGUUUGUCCGAAAUCCGAAAUCACCCGAGACCCGAGAGCUUCUGUCGCCGACGACCGUUGUCAUGUUUGCGUCGGUGUCGACCUCUCCGUCAUCCUAAACGCCGUGUCAACCUCUUCUGAGGACCGAGCGGAGCCGACGACGCCGAUGAGGAAAGAUAAACGCAGAUAAUCUUAUCCUGUUUCUGCAAUAAGACUCGUGUUUCUACAGCCGUCGUAUUGUCUUCGCAGGAUGUAUUCUUGAAAG